AUGUCUAAUCUAAGUGACAUCACUAUUUUUCUUCUUCUGGAUUUUUCUGAGCGGUUUGAACAAAAUAUACUACUUUUCAUUUUUUUCCUAGUGAUCUACUUAAUUGCUUUGAUUGCAAAUUUUCUUAUUAUCUCAGCAGUGUCCUUCCAUAAUCAACUCCAUACACCUAUGUAUUUUUUCUUAAUGAAUUUAUCAGUUAUGGAUCUUGGGUCUAUUUCUGUCAUUAUUCCCAAAGCCACAAUAAAUGCUUAUUUGAAUUCCAGGGAGAUUUCCUACUAUGGGUGCAUCACACAAGUAUUUUCUUUAUUCUUCUUCAUGUUAUCAGAUUUCUUCCUACUCACGACCAUGGCAUAUGAUAGAUAUAUUGCUAUCUGUGAUCCACUACACUAUGAAACCAUAAUGGACACAAAAGCUUGCCUUCAGCUGGCAGCUAUGGCAUGGAUAGCUGGCCUUUUUUAUUCAGCCUGGCAUACUUCUAGCACCUUUGCAAUCACUUUUUGCUCCAAUGUUCUCAAUCAAUUCUUCUGUGAAAUCCCACAACUUCUGAAAAUAUCCUGUGAUAAUGCAUACCUCAUUGAAGUUGGAGUUAUUGUAUUCAAUGCAUGUAUUUUCCUGGGUUGCUUUGGUUUUAUAAUUAUUUCAUACGUGCAGAUUUUCAAAUCUGUGCUUAGAAUUCCUACUUCACAAGGACGAAAUAAGGCCUUCUCAACUUGUUUUCCCCAUCUUAUUGUCGUAUCCUUGACAAUAAGCACUGGAGGUAUUGCUUACUUGAAGCCUACUUCAGACUAUCCUUCAGAUUUGGAUGUAGUAACUGCUGUAUUAUAUUCUGUGAUUCCUCCUUUAAUGAAUCCGAUUAUCUACACUUUAAGGAAUAGAGAGAUCAGAAUUGUAUUGUGGAAAAUGUUUAAGUGUGAAAUUUGA